UUGGUUAAUGAAGCAUUGGGUAUCCGCAUCAAUAAAAGGUGCAUAAAUGCUCCGUGCUCUGCGUGUAAAGUUUCAUUUGUCUUGGUUGAGUUAUACAGCUGCAGUAAGCUAUAUUUUCUCUAAUUUGACGCAUCCCGAAGUCAAUCAAGCAGUCUCGGUAAACAGUGAACUUCGAAAUGAAUUUCUCCAUCUACAUCAGCACGCUGUGUUUGGUUGCUGCGGCUCUUGUGUUCGAGGAUGCGAUUGCGAUCAACAUAGCUGGCUACGCUAGUUCUAGUGACUGCGGCAGCAGUUCGGCCCCAGUCAAGGGGAGCUUCAGCUUGAACCCGACCGGCCCGAACAGCCUCUCUUUCUCCGCCAACCUACACAUUGACGAGGAACUGGAGUCACCCCUAAAAGCCGUUGUUAAGAUUCAGGCGAAGGUAGCAUGGUGGUGGCACACAUUGUCUUGCUAUGGAGACCGUUUUGGAAGCUGUACCUAUCAAGACGUGUGUCAGUUCCUGCCUGCCUCUAACAGCACGUCCGGCUCGUGCCCGGCACCAUUCCAGGAUCUGCCAUCGUGCCAAUGCCCGCUACGAACCGGUACGUACAGUGCAGAGAGCGAGUUCGUCAUUCCAUCAUUUGAGCUUCCAUCUUAUUAUUGGAUGUCCAGCGGCUAUUACUGGGCGCAAAUCAAGCUGUACAAAGGUUACCGUGAAGUAGGCUGUAAUGAAAUAUACUUCAACGAGGAAUAAAGAAUCGGUCGAGCACGAUAAUUAUACAAAACGUAGUAUCUUGAAAGCAAGGGCGGAUCCGGGGGGGGGGGGAACUGGGGCCAUGCAAAAAAAAAAACACCAAAAUUUUUGUUAAAGUGAGGUACACCACCACCUUUUCCUAAAUAAAAUAGUUGAAGUAGUCAGAAAUUGCCUCAGAUCGCACCACAGAGCAUCUAAAAUCCAAAACAUUUUCCGGGCCCUUUAUUAGCGGGCACCGAACCCCACGCCGUAAUUUUUUGAACCAAUUUUUGGGGACCAAAAUUGUUUCUGUCCCCCCCCCCAAAAAAAAAUGUGUUCUGGAUCCUUCCUUGCUUGAAAGUGUAUCUUGAAAAUAAUUACAGGCUAAAGUUCCUCCGCGUGAUAAAGAUCUUUCAACAUCAGUUUACCAAUCGAUUAAUGACAUUUAUCAAUUAAUUUGUAAUGACCCUAGGUCAAUGAAUGGUAUAGAGGUAUCAAUACAUCUUGAUAUUUUAUUUCGUACUGAGGGUAAAAAUUGCAAAUUGGCAAGAGUAACAAAAGUUAAACGGACGAUCAAGUUCAAUUGAAAAAAAAAACAACCACCAAAAACAGCAUACUCACAUGCUUACUUUCCACUUAAAUCCCUAGACUGACGCUUACAAGUAUAGUGCGAGUGUUUGUUUCCCUAUAAUAUUUUCAGAACUUGAUGUUGAUAGUUGCUACCAGAAACUGUUUAAUUUUGGAUGGUGUAGGGGUGUUUCGUUCACAUUUGAAGGGGGAUUUAUCAUGUUUGUAAUAUUUGGUUAUUUUACUCCUGUGUUUUUUCUCUCUUUCUGUUAAUAUGAAUUGUCUUUUUAAACAUUUGUUAUUUUUCCAUUGUUCUAUAGCUGGUCGUCCGUUUUGCUAUUAUUGUUUUUCCCAAUUUAAUACAUUGCAUGUGUUUGCUACUGGUGUUUGCUAUUUUAAGUUUAAUUCGCAACUUAUACACACAUUUUGAUUUUAUUUCUAGGGCCUAUUAUUGUUAUUUUUUAAUUGCUUGUUUGUCCGUUUGUUCGUCCGUUCUAUAUUUGUCUGUUUGUUGGCUCUUUGUCCUUGAUUUGCUUGUUUGUUUGGUCGUUCGUCAGUUUGUACGUUUACUGUUUGCCUGUUUGUUCGUUUGGUCAGGCUUCUGCAUGACCGAAUUAAUAGAUAUCUUUGUUUUCGAUUUUAUAAUGUGGAGACUGAGUCUAUUGUGGGGGUAAUUUUGUACAUGGUUUAAUGCCAGAUGAAACUUAUGAAAUAAGUCGAGUUAUUUCUUCAUGUUGAUGUUGAUACAAUUAAUUGGAUCAGUGCAGCUAUUGUUUUUCACUGUGAUGUACUUACCUUUUAAGCUUGACUCAGGAAACAUAAAUUAUUCUCUCACUUUAAAUUAUUUUUGUAUGAAAUGAAAAUAAAUCAUUCACUGCCAAGUACCACUGUA